ACCAAUCUAGUCUACAAUCGCACAUCCUUUAAAAACCACUUGGUCUUUCUGUGCACAUAUUGUUCGUUACUAAUUUACGUAAAAUGAUAGAUUGACUAUCUAUAGAUACACAUUUUUAUUAGUAGAUAGAUACGCUUUAGCCAGUUGGGUUUAUUGUUUCUUUUGAUAUUGAACGUAUUGUGUUGUGGUACAAUUAAAAAAUGAAGUCUUACAUAAUAAUUCUCCUGAUUUGCUUGACGAAUGCGCUAUUAGUUACAUCGUCUAUAAAUAUAUGUUACCGAUAUAAGGAUAAGGCAUUGAAAGAUAAUGAUGGUAUAUUCUUUUUAGAUGACACGACAUAUUUCUUUCAAGUACCCAAAUAUGAUGCAAAUAUUUCUCAUCCAGCAAUUAGGCUAGAUGCUCAUUUUAAAAAUCUAUCAAUUUGGAUUGGCCAUUCCCACAAUGCUGUAUUUGAAAUUCCACAAAUUCUAAACGUGACGUUCCCAAAUAUCACGGUCAUAGGAGAAUAUAAUAUGUCGGGUAAUAUUGGAGAGCUGUUUGAUAUAUUUGGAGACGGAGAUUUCGCAUUAAGCUUGCUGAAUUUCUCAGUUGCAUUUAGCAUUAUCGAGGUUGACGUAAAUACAACUUCAUUCUGUACGAGGGUGUCACUAGACGUGGAUGUCCAAUCCGUUCCGGUCGAAUUUCAUGGUUUAAUGGGUGACCAAGAAUUAGAGGACUUGUUUAAUAAAGCAUUUGUUGCAAUGUUUCCAGAAGUUAUAAAAGAUAUGUGGAGAAGAGCACAAAAUGAAAAUGAACCUGGGAUUGAGAAGUUUAUAAAUGAUAUAAUUAAUGCUUUCGGACCAUUUGUACAUGGUAUAUUGGACGAUUUACAAAAACUGGCCAAGGAAACAACUCCAAAGGUGAACCAAAUUUAAUAGAAGAAAAAAUUAUGUUUGUAAGGGGAUUUGGAAAUGGUUAAAUGCAUGUAUUGUAAAUGUAUAUUUCUUUUAAGAUUAAAAUUUUUACUAUUUA